AUAUAUAUAUAUAUAUAUAUAUAACCCAAGGAAUUUCAGUUUUUAUUAGUUUUCUAUUUCGGUUCCACUGCGAGAAGUUUCAAUUUCCUCUUGAAAAAAUAUAUAUAUUGACUAAUAUAUCUAUCUAUAAAACGGUAAAACAAACGAAAUGGAUCCUUUUAUAGAUGUAUUUUGUAAAAUUGAUAAAAAUUAUGAUGGCGUUAUUACAAGAAGUGAAUUACAAGAUUACACUAGAGUGAAUCGUCUUGAUCCACAAAUGAUCGAAAGAUGGGAAAAGUUAUUCACCGAGGAAAGGACGCAUCAAAUAACGCUGAAUAGAUUUUUGGAAGUUUUGGGUAUCGCGAAAGAAGAAUUUGAACAACAAAGACGGAUUACAAUCCAGCAACAAUCAGGAUAUUUUAAACUUGGCAAAGAUGUUGAAUACAUUGCAGGUGACAUGAGUUUACCAGAACAAAUCAAUGUUAGCAAUGAGGCCAGAUCACUGAUAGAAGAGUAUGGCAAAAAAGACAAUGUGUUAGAUAUUGCUGCAAAACUUAAAAAGUUUUUAGAUAGUCUAUUUGGUCCAUCAUGGCAUGUUAUGAUAGGUCUCAGUUCUUAUUCAUGCGCUUAUGAAUAUGAAGCUGAGACUGCCUUCCAGUUUAAAUUGAAACAGUAUUUAAUUUCAGUUUGGAAAACACCAGAAAAUUAUAUGUUCAAAUAUAAUUAAAACUUAAAAUUUAUGCAUCAGAAAAGAAAACCAUUUCCUUGUUUUCUUCUGCUUCUCUGUGUCUUGUUUUGUUUGCAUUAUUAACUUUGCGCCAGCCUUUUAUCUUUAAUUAGUAAAACAAUUUUUUUUUCUAAUAACUCUCUCUGUUCAUCACAAUAAAAAAAACAACAAAAGAAAUGCUAUGAUCAUUUUGAAAUUGAUUCAAAUUAGAUAAUUAGAUGUAAACAGUUUGUUUGUUUUUAUUUAUUAUGAUAAAAGAAGUCAGAUUAUUAUUAGUAAUGGUAGCAGUAUUUUUUUUAAUUUGUGAGUAGUAUGUGGGUGGAUUCAAGAAAGGCGUCUUUAUCCAGACUGUACAACAAUGAGUGACUUCAGAGUAGGCGGAUUACCGACAAAUUUAUACGAUAUAUAUAUAUAUAGCCUAGCUUGGGACUCUUAAGUAGUACCCACUCACCACGGUUCGAACCCAGGACCUUCUGGUUACAAGGUGAGCGAGCUUAUAGACCAUUGAGACACUGGGACCCGAUUCAGUGGUCAGUCAGUGGAUGAAUUCCAACUUCUGCUAAUUAACGACAUAGUGCGACCAUUUCGCAAAGUCUUCUUCGAUGAGCUGCUGCCUCAUCUUCAACCUGCUAUAAUCUACUGGUCACGGCUUCCCACUAGCUGUUUCGUCAGCCUAGUUUUGGAACUAUUUGGCAGUAUGCACGCACCACUAGGGUUCGAACCAAGAACCUUCUGGUACAAUGCGAGCCAGUGGAUCGGGUCCCAGUGGCUCAGUGGUCUACGAGCUCGCUGACUUUGUAACCAGAAGGUCUUGGGUUCGAACCCAGGUGGGUGCGUACUUCUGAAGAGUCCCCAACUAGGACGUAACAGCUGUCCAGUAGUCCCUGCAGGUUUUUCAGGGACUUAUGUCAGCUCAAAACCAAUGUUUGAAUAUAUAUAUAUCACGGAAUCAUACGGAAUAAUAAAAAGACAGUUGCAGCGAAGAAAAUUUCUUUUUCGGCGAAGUCAUCAACUAGGCUGUACAUUCGCGUAUUUAUAAUAAUUAAGUAGGAAUGUUGCGGAAUAAUUUCCGGUCAAGGGGCAAAUUAAUAAAAUUACUAUGAGGGAUUAAAAUGCGAUAAUAUAUGGGGGCGACGGAUAAAACUCAACAAAGUAGCAUCAUAAUUAGUGAGAAGAUUGACAUAUUGUGCAAUUGGAGGUUGGAAAUGUAGAAAUAACACCAAUAGACAGGAUGCUUGGAUACAAAAUCUAGUGAGGUCAUAACUACUGUGACGAAUAAUAAUUGUUUAUGUAAUCAGGAAUUCUAUAUGUAGAAAUAAUAAAAUGACAAAAUAGGUGGGAAGUUUGAAUAAGAAAGUCAAUGGAAUAGUCACUAUUAGAAAAAUUACCUGUUUAUGAUGGCCAUGGCAGGGACAAGGGUUGGACGUAUUUCUUUUAUAUACAUAGCGUGGGUUUGAGCUUUUGAAUGGCUAGUUCCUCGGCUAUGCCCUAAUUGUAAUUCUAUUAAUUUAACCCUUGCACUGCCUUUCUUAUCCAAAUUUCCUGUUUAUUCAUGUUAUUUUUAAGUUUUUCAUAAUCCCUGUUUACACUAUUAUAUUUUCAUAUCCAAACAUCCUGUCUAUUGUUGUUAUUUCUACAUGUCUAACCCUCUAACUGCACAAUAUGUAAAUCUUCCUAAUAAUUAUGAUGCUACUUUGUUUGAGUUUUAUCCGUCGCCCCCAUAUAUUAUCGCAUUUUAAUCCCUCAUAGUAAUUUUAUUAAUUUGCCCCUUGACCGGAAAUUAUUCCCAUCCAUUCAAUAUAAAUACACGAAUGUACAGCCUAGUUGGUGACUUCGCGGAAAAGAAAAUUUUCUUCGCUGCAACUGUCUUCAUAUAUAUAUAUAUAUAUAUAUA